UAAAGUUUAAUAAUUAUAGUGUACCUAAAAUAAUUAAAUUUAUGAGUGACGUUUUCUCCGUGAUGAAAGAAGAACUUCUUAAAAUUUAUGGAUGGCGGUGCAAGUGAAUUAAAAAAGUAGUAUUAUGUAAAGAAGAAGGAUUAAAAAAAAAACAAAAUGAAGCUUUUUUCUCUGAUUGCUUUGUGUGCUCUGGCUUCAGCGCACAAGAUCACUCAAUUAAAAGUGCCGCUGUACGCGGACCCGCGGCGAGCAGCUGAGCUGAGUUGUCAUUUCGAAAUGGAUGACCAAAAACUACAUUCCGUCAAGUGGUACAGAGACACCCAUGAAAUAUUUAGAUAUAAUCCAUCACAAAAGCCUCCAAUCCGACUGUUCAAUGUGACGGGCAUCAUGGUGCAAGGGGGCGAGUGCACGGCGGACUCAUGUCUGGUGCGCGUUAUGCCUCCGCCGCUCGCCACGCGCGCUGCCUAUACGUGUGAGGUGUCCACUGAGGGACCGAAGUUUCAGAUAGCGAGACAGGCUAAGCACAUGACUGUCGUCGCUAUGCCAGAGAAGGAUCCAAUCAUAAUUGGAGCUCCAAAACUAGUAAAGCCCGGGGAACAAUUGCUGUUGAACUGCACAUCGGACUAUUCCCUGCCGCCGUCCGACAUUAAUUGGUACAUUGACAAUGAACUGCAAAAGCCUGAAAUCUGGCAACGCACGGAAUUAAGUCCUCCCGAAGUGGGAGGUUUGCGUGCCUCAUGGAGAGUCUUGCGAGUCUCCGUCCCUUCGGGAGCCAGCGGGGCUUUGCGAGUUCGCUGCGAGGCAAUAUUGUUAGUCGAGCCGCCGGUAGUAAGGGAUGUGGCCACUAUUAUUACUAUAUAUUCUCGAACGCAGCUGUCUAAAUAUGUUUCGAAUUCAGGAUUUUCUGCAAGUCCUAGUUUAUGCUUUUGGAUUAUAACAUUUGCAAAUAUUUUUUUAUAUAAUACCGUAAUAAGGAGCUUAUGAGGAUCGGUUUUUCCGCAGUGAUAUUAGACAUAAGUGUAGAUAACAAUCGUCGCCACAAAUGAUGCGUAUUUCAUUAACUAAAACAUUGAAUGUAUAAAGUUUUAGAUUUUAUUCAAAAAGAAAUCGUAAAAUUUGAUUAAAAUUAAUCAUAGAUAGGACUAGGUUCGUGA